CCCGAGUGCCAGGACUGACGACAGGAAGUCGCAUAUCUUAUCGUGGAUGCUAACGGUAAACUGUAAUAUUUAGCCACACCUCGCAGGUCCAUCUCCCACAAACAAGAAUGGAUAUAAGUUAACAAUGACUGGAGAGAAAAAGAAGAAAAAGCGGCUGAACCGCAGCAUUCUUCUAGCCAAGAAAAUCAUCAUUAAAGAUGGAGGCACUCCACAGGGGUUUGGAGAGCCCAGUGUCUAUCAUGCGGUGGUGGUUAUCUUCCUGGAGUUCUUCGCCUGGGGACUGCUCACCACUCCCAUGCUUACGGUGUUACAUCAGACAUUCCCCCAGCACACAUUCCUGAUGAACGGACUUAUUCAUGGUGUCAAGGGCCUGCUGUCUUUUCUGAGUGCUCCACUAAUCGGUGCUCUGUCAGAUGUGUGGGGCCGGAAGUCCUUCCUGCUGCUCACCGUGUUCUUCACCUGCGCUCCCAUCCCUCUCAUGAAGAUCAGCCCAUGGUGGUACUUUGCGGUGAUCUCCAUGUCUGGUGUGUUUGCAGUCACUUUCUCUGUCAUCUUUGCAUAUGUGGCCGAUAUCACUCAGGAGCAUGAAAGGAGCACAGCAUAUGGCUUGGUAUCGGCCACCUUUGCAGCCAGUUUGGUGACAAGCCCAGCGAUCGGUGCUUACUUGUCAGUGACCUAUGGAGAUACUGUGGUGGUGAUCCUUGCCACAGCAAUUGCUCUGCUAGACAUCUGUUUUAUCCUGGUAGCGGUUCCUGAGUCCUUGCCUGAGAAGAUGAGACCAGCUUCAUGGGGAGCCCCCAUCUCAUGGGAGCAGGCAGACCCCUUUGCAUCCUUGCGUAAGGUGGGCCAGGACUCCACGGUUCUCCUGAUCUGCAUCACAGUCUUCCUGUCUUACCUGCCUGAGGCUGGACAGUAUUCCAGUUUCUUCCUGUAUCUCAGACAGGUCAUUAGAUUUACACCAGAAACUGUUGCUGCCUUCAUUGCAGUGGUGGGAAUCCUGUCCAUCUUGGCUCAGACGGUUGUCCUAGGAAUCCUGAUGCGUUCCAUAGGGAAUAAGAACACUAUCUUGUUAGGCCUUGGCUUUCAGAUCCUACAGCUGGCCUGGUACGGCUUUGGCUCCCAGCCCUGGAUGAUGUGGGCCGCUGGAGCUGUUGCUGCCAUGUCCAGCAUCACCUUCCCAGCAAUCAGUGCCAUAGUGUCCCGCAACGCAGACCCCGACCAACAAGGUGUUGUGCAGGGGAUGAUCACGGGAAUCCGCGGUCUGUGUAACGGUCUGGGUCCAGCGCUCUACGGCUUCGUCUUCUACUUGUUCCACGUGGAGCUCAGUGAAAUGGACCCCGCAGAGAGCCCAGAGAAGGGCGCCAAACCCAACAUGGCCAACCCUACUGAUGAGGUGAGAAACCAUGAAGAAAUCUCUGUAUUACAAAACAUGCACCUACAAAAAGAUCUCACUCUAUCCAUGCUUCUUCAGAGUGCCAUCAUCCCUGGCCCUCCCUUCCUGUUCGGAGCGUGCUCAGUGUUGCUGUCCCUGCUGGUUGCCCUCUUCAUCCCAGAGCACAAUGCCCCCAACCUGCGGUCCGGCAGCUACAAGAAGCACAACAAUGGCGCACAGAGCCACUUACACAGUUCGCAGGGCGGCCCCUGUGAGGGUAAGGAGCCUCUGCUGGAGGACAGCAGUGUAUAGCCCCACUGACUCGGGAUGGGCAACAGACCCCAAACUCCCUCACAAUCACCACCCCAACCUCCCCGAACGCACAUGUGCAGUGCACUUUUUACACAAGAUGGCAUCAUCGUCCUCUACUGGUGUGGAGACUGGUGCAGAAAUUGCAAGUGCGUAACUGGGCCAACCGGGAGCUGACCUUGGCCUUGAGGAACAGGAAGUAGAGCUAAAGACAUUUUGCCUUGCACAAGUGAGGGAAAUGCGAGCAGACGCAGUUGUAUGCCACCGAUACAGACUUGGUGACGGUUUUCCUAAUUUUUACUGUUACUUGGUUUUUUUGUGGGGGUUUUUUUUCUCUCUCUCUUUGAGAAUUUCAACAUAUAAAUUAUAUAAAUGUUCCUUGUCCAAAGACCUGGUAACUGUAACAAUAGGGAACGUGUCUGUUGUGAUGUUACAGGCUAACUUUUGAUGUGCUGCUUUCUACUGAUUCUUCUUAGUUUUGUACUACUGAUACAACAGAUUGAGCAUCAUCUUUUUGAAUCCUAGAGGAAACGCAACUAAGAAAGAAGGUCAUCAGCGUCAUUUCACGCAGUCAUCGCUGUAGUAUCAUGCCCCUUCAGCCCACAGUUCCUGUUCUUGUACAUCAGAUGAAAUGGUUUGUACUUCCUCUCCUUUUCUAUCAUGACAAAAACUCAUGCAGGGGAAGUAAACGAUGCCUUUAAGUGACUUUCUAUUGCAUUUACCAAACCCAGAUGAAGACUUCGCUCUGAGAAGGGUCAAUCGUAUCACUCCUGUCGGAGAUUGCGCAUAUUUCAUUCUCAUUUAUCGACCGCCUCGCCGCCAAAACUCCCUGUGAACGUCAGCACUGCCAUGUUACAACAGGCUAGCAGGGUUACGAGCUUACAUUCUGACCGCAAACCUAGUUUUCAUAUUACUGCAAGCACUGAUGUGGGUGGAUUAGCUUACAUGUUAUUGGAUGAGCUUCACUAGAUCCAGUCAAUUCAUAUCACACAUGCUGCUACUGUAGGAUGUACAAGGUUACAAAGUUCUGUGGUAUUAUACUAGACUCUAAACGUGGUAUUUCUGUUAGAGCUGAGCUUUCUGGGCACGUCGUUGUAAUUUUAGACCCCAAAUUUUGUGGCCGAUUUCUAUUUGCGGUGCUUUUUUUUUUUUUUUUUUUUCUGGUGAGACAAACUUUGAAUACUUUUAUCAGAUCUCGACAUAAACGUUUGCUUUUUCCAGAGAAAACCUCAAGUGCGUUCAGAUCACGGUUUUUUUGUUGUUGUUGUUUUUUAACCGAUGUCUAGGUUUCGUUUAUUUGGUUUUAGGUGCCAUACCUAUGACUUUAUUUCUGUCUUUGUGUGUUUUUAUUGACUUUCUGUUAUUUGUAUGGUUGUCAUUUACUAUUUUCAAGACAAAUCAACAAGAUGAUCCACAGGCUUAGUCAUCAUAACUUCUUUUAGUUAACAUUUUGGACCAUUUAUGUUCUCUUACAGCAUUGAAAACCAUGUAAAUGUUAUUUAAAAUGGACUGAAUAUUGCAUUGAUCUGUAUGACCAAACUUGAAUGGAAUUCUUCAUCAUAUAUCCUAGCAAGGAAGAGAGACGAUGGAUAUCAUUCUGUUUUGUACCUGCAUAAUUACUUCAUCGACUAGCCACUAAUUUGCAAAGAAAUCUGGUGAUUGCCUCAGAAAAAAAAAAAAGCCAAUUAAUUUGUGCCUAAAAUGUGCUCUAAAAGAAUAGAAACAUUUAUAUGUGAAUGGUGAACGGCUGUAAAUAUUAGGAACUAAUGAGAAGCUAUUUAUUAAAAGUUUAUUGAUAUUGAA